AAUAUGAGCGUAAACAGUCUGUAUCCACCACGGACCCAGAUUAAACGACAAAAAAUGAUCUAUCAUUGCAAAUUCGGCGAAUUUGGAGUCAUGGAGGGCCAGUUCACGGAACCAUCGGGAGUGGCAGUAAACGCUCAGAAUGAUAUCAUUGUGGCCGAUACAAACAACCACCGUAUCCAAGUGUUCGACAAGGAAGGCCAUUUCAAGUUCCAGUUCGGCGAAUGCGGUAAACGGGACGGACAACUGCUUUAUCCAAAUCGGUUUGUCUGA